AUGGCUUAGAACCAAAUAGUAGGAGCAAUUAAAAUAAAGGAUGGAUUAUUUAUUGGGGAUGAGUUUGCAUCAUAGGAUCGAGAAUUUAUAAUUACAAAUAAAGUAACUCAUAUUAUUAAUUGUGCUGGCACAGAAGUUCAAAAUAAAUGGACAUUGAUUGGUGCAAAGUAUUUAACUUUUAAUUGGUUGGAGUAAGAUAAUGAAGUGUUAUUUGAUGAACGAGGUGAAAAUGUAAAUAAAAUAUUUACAUUCAUUGAAGAAUGUUUUCAAUAAGGAGAGAGUUGCCUAGUACAUUCAGUUAGAGGAUAGAGUAGAGCAUGUUGUGUGCUUGCUGCUUAUUUUAUGAAAAAAUAUUCUUGGACAUUAUAUAAAACAUUAGAAUUUUUGAAUUCCAGACGUCCAGAUCUUGAAAUUCGAGCAUCCUUUUUUUAUUAACUAAACGCAUUGGAAAAUAGAAUGAAUAAACUAGGACCAAAAAGAACUGCUUCAUGGAAUGAACUAACAACAGAUGAAUAAAAUCCUUAGCAUGUUUAGGAGGAAUUAAUCAUUAGAAAUACUUUUUUGAAUUCUCAUAAUGGCCCUGUCGAUGAAAUAUAUACUAACUUAUAAGCUAAAUAGGGAGUCUUGGGAAAACCUACCAAUCAAAAGUUAAAAUGGAGAGACCAAAUGAAUAAAGAGAAUAUUCAAUUAGCAACUCUGGUCUAUUCAGGUUCCCCUGAUUUCGUGCCUGCUUCUGAGGUGAAUCUAAAACGCGAUUCUGAGACUUCAAUUUUAAAAGGAGCAUAAAAAAACCAAUCCUUGAUCUAAUUACCUAAACAACCCUAAAUCUAAACUAGUUUUCCAAAAAGCACUUAGAAUGUAACUCAAGUAAGAUAAGAAAGUAGUAAAUCACAAUAACAAGAUUAAACUGACAUUACAAUUAAUUCUAAUCUGAAUAAUGCAAAUUUAAUUAACAAUCCUUCAUUUUAAAAUAUGCUGAUGAACUGUGCUGCAAAAAGCAGAACACCAUAAUAACAAUAAUAAAAUAUAACAUAAUAACAAUAAUAAAAUGUCAUUGAAUUAAAUAAAAAACAUUAAUUGAUUAACAAUUUUAUAAAGACUUCAGAGAAUACAACUCAAUAAUAACCUCCAGCUGGAACUAUUUUGAGUAGCAGCAAUUAAAUCUAUUAAAACUGUUAAAAUCCAAUUAGAAGCAAUUCUUUACAAUAAAAUGAGGAUAAAAAGUUAUCGACAGACAUUUCUAAUUAGACAAGACCUAGUUCUUAGAAAUAAAAAGAUAACUAAAAUUCCAUUUUAACCAACUUUUAGGAAUUUAAAAAUCAAGUUUAAUAAUCUUUAAAUUACUUUAAUAAAUAGGCUGAAGCAUUAUUGAAUUACGAUAAGUCAUCUUAAUAAUCACAAGCGACACAAUUAAUAAAUUAAACUAAUAAUACAAUCUAAUAAAAAAGCAAAUUAGAUUAAUUAAUUAGUCCAACAUCAAUUUAAACUAUGAAUUCUACUAAACAUUCAGAAAUUCAAAAAACACUAACUUAAUCAAUUUCAUAAUUAUAAUCUAGUUAUUAAAAGUUUUAGCAACUUUAAUAAAAAAAUUAAAUCAAACAAUCCUAAUCUCAAUCUUGCAUUUAAAAAUAACACCUUUAAAACACUGAAUUCUCCUAAUAUAAUUAACCCACUAUGCUAAAUUAAACCAACAUAUAGGAUAGAAGUUCCUCUUUAACUAAAAAUUAGGAAACCUUAGAUUCAAAACUCAGACCUAGUAGUACUGAAGUUAAAGACUCUUAAAAAUCAAAUGGGAUCUAGAAAAAAGAAAGCUUGUCUCCAUUUUCAAAAGAUCCAUCUAAAAAGGUAUCUUAACAAGGACCUCCUUUACCAUAGUCGAGUUCGCAAAUUUAUUUAAGAAACGUUUAAUGCAGAAGACAAGCAGCAUCUACUUUGAGGAACUAAUAAAAACCAAAUAACUCAUUCUAGGAUAAAUACUUAAAUUAAAGUGCAAAUUAAGUUUAAAAUAACAGUUUUAAUAAUAAUAGUAAUUCUGCUAUAGAUGCUGAAUAAAAGUAAUAAGCUAAAGGCAUAGUUACAGACCUCAAUUAGUUCAAGAAACUAAUAUCACCUUAAAAUUUAACCAAGAGUUAAGCAUCAUUUAUAAAGAAUCAACCUAUAAGAGUCUUAUAAGAAUUGACAGAAAAGACUUAAUCACAAAAAUAAGUAAAAGCCAAAGACAAUGUGUCAUCAACUAGUUUUACUUUAGUUUAAAAACCCUCCUCAGUAAAUACAAGAACCUUUUCACCAGCUAUUAAAAAUGAAUCUAAGAGUAAGGCAACGAACGUUUCUAAUGUCAGACAUAAAGUUAGGAAUUCUUCUCCAGGAAUAUCAAAGGAUUAGGAUUAGUCGAAUUCAUUUUAAAACAUAUCAUCAACUUUACAAGGAAAAAAUAGUUGGAAAAUGCUUUGA